CCAGAUUAUAUUUUUAGUUCUUACUCACGAGUUCAAGUUGUUAACUGUUUUCACAUUCACUUCAACUUAGUUUAUACUCUUUCCUUUUCUCCUCUUUUCUCUCUUUGUCUCUUUGUCUCCCUUUCAUUAGACAUUCACCUUGAUCAACUUUGUGUCAAUUGGUUAAAAUUAUCAUUCUGUUGUUACUCUUGUAAAUCAUUCUAAUUAAGUGUUUGACUUUACCUGGAUCGUUUGUUGUAACAGUUUAUUGACAAUCAUUCUUCUUCUUUUUUUUCGUCGAUUUCAUCUCACCAUUUGUUAUUGUGUGUACGAAGUGGUUUAAAUGUGCAAUUGUUGGAUGAGAAACAAUUCCAUUUGUAUUUCAACCAUUUCUGAGGAAUGAGAUCAAACAGUCUUGGUAAUAGCAUGGAAGGCGUUGGAGGAGGUGGAUUACCUCCACCGCCACCCUCUCAUAUAUCUGAAAGUAUGGGUCAGACUUCGGCUCCUCUUCGUCACGGAAUGGGACCUUUAAAUGCACUAGGUGAAUCACAUUCCUACAACUAUCAAGAUAGAAACUUUAUUCAAGGAAAACGUUUCAUGGGAUUCGAUUCAACAAAUGUUAUAGAGGAUCCAGCUUAUUGCGCUUAUUCACUCAAACUCAUCUCUGUGAUACUUAUAAUUACAAGUUUACCAUUUUCUCUUUUCUUCUGCAUCAAGGUUGUCCAAGAAUAUGAAAGAGCAGUUAUAUUCCGAUUAGGUCGUUUGGUAACUGGUGGGGCUCGAGGACCUGGUAUAUUCUUUAUCAUUCCAUGUAUUGAUACCUAUUCCAAGGUUGACCUCAGGACAGUUUCUUUUGAUGUUCCUCCUCAAGAGAUACUAUCUAAAGAUUCUGUAACUGUAGCUGUGGAUGCUGUUGUAUAUUUCCGUAUAAGCAACGCAAUUGCCUCAGUAUCUAAUGUUGAAGAUUAUGCGAGAUCAACAAGACUCUUGGCAGCAACAACUUUGAGAAAUGUUUUGGGUACUAAAAAUUUAUCUGAAAUUCUGAGUGAAAGGGAAUCAAUCAGUCACAUGAUACAAUCAAGUUUGGAUGAAGCUACUGACUCUUGGGGAGUUAAAGUCGAAAGAGUUGAAAUUAAAGAUGUUCGUUUACCUGUUCAAUUGCAACGUGCUAUGGCAGCUGAAGCUGAAGCCGCUCGAGAAGCUCGUGCUAAGGUUAUUGCUGCUGAAGGUGAACAAAGAGCAUCCCGUGCUUUGAAGGAAGCUGCUGAGGUAAUUGCUGAUUCUCCUGCAGCCUUACAAUUGAGAUACCUCCAAACACUUAACUCAAUAGCAGCCGAGAAAAAUUCAACCAUCGUAUUUCCAGUUCCAAUGGAGCUUUUUAGAGGAUUUGUGGUCGAUGCAGAUCAUAAACAUAGUUCACAUCGACACCAUUCCACUCAAGAAACCAUUGAUUUCGGUUCGAAUGAUGAUGAAAUUCUGGAAGGACGAGGAUUGGAAAGUGAAUGACAAUUAAGGUUGGCCUCGAAUAGAUCAAACAAUUAUCAUCAUCAUAAUCAGCAGCAGCAGCAGCAGCAAAAACAACAACAACCUGAUAUAAAUAAAGCGUUGAGGAGAUUUUCAUUGGCUUUGCCCAUUUUUCAGCCUCGCCGAUGUAUUCCAACAACGUUUACAUCGCUUAAAAACAAAUAAAAAACACUACCAAUUACAAUCAAGUGUCAUCAAGAAACUCAGUUGCAACCAAACGUGAACCCAUAACACUUGAUAAUGAUUACAAAUUUGAAAAAAAGAAACCUAAUACUCUUCAAGUCUUUUUUUGACUAACCAUUUCAACAUUUGUUUAAUUACGUGACAAUUAAUCCAGGGCCAAUUACGUGUAAAUAUUUUUAUUGCAAGCAAUUUUGAUCCAAACUUAAUUUGUUUUUAACUAACUUACCGAUGUCCAAAUGAACGAAUCUUCCGAGGCCAACUUUAAACCGAAUGCAUUAAAAUUUUACUCCAAAGGACACAACAGGCACCAAGAAUUGCAAUGGGAUUAAUCAUGUUUGGAUGAAUGAUAAUCAAAAUUAAUGUUAAAUAGCACUUUGAAUAAUCUUUAACAUGUCUUUAUCAAUUUGUUUUCCUCUUAACUUUUAUCUUUUCAUCUUCUCUCUCUCUCUCCAUCUCUCUCCUUUCACUCUCAUUUUGUUAGAUAACUGAAACUGAAUUGUUGGAAACAUAUAAAUGCAUAAUCUAAAUUAAUGAUGAAAUGUAAACGUGAGAGUUAAAUUAACGCGUUAAUAUUAACAGCGGAUUGUUAAAAACAAAAAAAAAUGAUAAAUCUUUUCUUUAAUAAAACCUUCAAUCUUGUUUCAUUAAAGCGCCAUUGGAUUAUUGUACUUUAUUUCAUAUUAUUCCUAUAGAUGUCGUUGCAGCUAGUGUUUCCGUUUCCUUCAAUUAUAUUCAGACUUAGGCUUAAAAAGAGAAAAUUAUCAUUUAAUCAAAUAUUUAAUAAAAUCAACCGAUUAUCAACAGUAUUAUCUUUCAUCUAACAGUGCCAAACAAAAGGAUCAGUUAGAAACCUUUUUUAAAUUGACAAACCAUCAAUAAGUCUUAAAAGUUAGUGAUAUAAUAAAUUCCAUGAUGAGUACAGACAAGAAGGCUGUCGUGAAAAAUGCUGACAUGAGUGAGGAAAUGCAAGAUGAUGCCAUUAAUACAUCAAUUCAAGCCUUGGAUAAAUAUAAUAUUGAAAAGGACAUAGCUGCUUUCAUUAAGAAGGAAUUUGACAAGAAAUACAACCCAACUUGGCACUGUAUUGUGGGACGUAAUUUUGGUUCAUAUGUAACCCAUGAGACAAAACAUUUCAUCUACUUUUACCUGGGUCAAGUUGCCAUAUUGCUUUUUAAAUCUGGCUAACAUCUUACUAUUUUGGCAAUAAAAAGCAUUGGCAGACCACAA